ACACGGCAACUGGGCUGUGUUUGUGACACUAUUGUGUACCAAAACUGGAAUGUCAUCAAAUGUCAAACACAUUCGUUCUGUUGAUAUCGCUAAUGUUUUUUUUCACAUCAAAAUUUUGUCAUUCCCUUACAGACAUUUUUCGGUUUAUUUAGCAACAAGUAUUUUCGUGAAGCAUCAAACAUAACCUCAAAUGACUAUGAGCCCGAGACCGCCCGAAUUUUAUGACUCUGAUUCCGAUUUCUCGGAUGGUUCUUUGAUUUUUGACAACGAAAUCGACGAGGAUGGACGACGAAUUCGAAAUCAUGGAUAUGUGCCACUGAUCAGACAAGCAGAUGACACACCAACUCGGUUGUUCGAUGCCAUUUGCAAGGGGGACGUCGAUGAGUUUCGAUCAAUUUGGCAGGCAAAGCACCUUGAUGUAAAUGAACCGAUUCACACAUACAAUUGGACACCGUUGAUGCUUGCGUGCCAAGAACGUCAACUGGAUCUCGUGAAAUACUUAUUGUUCGAUUUGGACGCUGAUCCGAAUGCAAAUUCCAAUGAUAUGACAGCGUUGAUAUUAGCGUGCUGUGGCAAGAUAAAUUUGUAUGGAGAUGAUGCCGAAAAUGCGACGGAGGAAGAAUCGAAAUUACUGCAAAUUUGCGAAUGGUUGAUACAACGCCAGGCAAUGGUGAACAAAAUCAAUUUACGACGUGAAACACCAUUGAUGUACGCUGCAGCGCACGGAUUUGUUUCGGUGAUUCAAUUGCUGUUGAACAAUCGAGCUAUUUUGGAGGCGUGCGACAAUGAUGGAAGAACCGCAUUGUUUUAUGCAGUCAACGAUAAUCGAUAUGAUGCGACGAAAAUUCUCAUUGAAGCUGGCGCUUUGAUCGAUGCCGAAGACGUUUUUCAUAAUACACCAAAGAGAUUGGCAAUGGAAAAAGGGUUCGAUGAUAUCGUUGCUUUAUUCCCACCCGAUCCAGUAAUCGAAUGUGUACCCAUCAGUUUUCACUCGUAUCAAACAUACAAGGAUCUCAUACCGACUGCGUUUCCCGAAAAGGAAAUCCCGCCAUAUUCACCAGAUAUUUACACAAUGUUGCACGGCAUGCGAGCUGAAGAAGUUGAAUACAAAUUCUACAAGUCUUUUGUUGGUUUGCCGGAAUUUUUGACCAUCACCGAUGAGCGAUUGCGUGAAAUUGGCAUCGAAUUUCCAUACCAGCGAAAGCGUAUACUGCUUGGUUUGCUACGAUUCCACGAUAAGGCUUGGUCCAGAAAUGCGAUGCCUGUUCCAAAAAUGGAAGCUAAUAUUCAGCAAUAUUUCGAGAUCUAUUCGAAUUGUCUGAAACAGAUGAUUGUCAUCAGAGCGGCCCUAAAAUUUGUCGAACAACAUGAUUUAUUCGUUGAUAUUGAAGACUCCACCGACGAAUCGCUGGUUUUGCGCAAACAAAUCAACCAAGAACUUGCCAUUUUGCGCCGAAAUGCACUACAGCUUCUGCAAACUAUGCAAAAGAUUGAAGCCACUCUAGCCGUUACGCCACCACUAAACAUCUGUCAAAGUGUAAUUGGCAUUUUGUUGAAGAAAAACACAUUCCGUCAGCAGCUGUACCACAAGUUCAAAACAUUCGCGGGCAUUGGACUGAUUGGAAUCGCUGCUGCCGCUGCUGUGAUCAAAUUACGUCUCCGAUAAAAAUGAGAAAAAGAAGAAGGAAGAAUCUCAAAGAGAGAGCUUACAUGACCCUCUGUGAUGACUGUGACUUUAGUCCGUAGAUAAUCAUUACACAAUAAAAUACAAAUCAAAGAAAAAAAAA